AUGAUCGACUCGAUCGAGCUAGAGUUCGACUCGAUCGAGCUGCCGAUCGAGCUUGUUGUGCGAGCUCAACUGCUUUCGUCUGGAGGUGGUUUCAUGUCAUUCGGACCAGCGGUUCAGAAGAUACGACGAUAUUGGUUGGACUCGACCCACCAGCUCGACCGGCCAGUUUCCAACUCGAUCGAGCUGCUUUUCCAGGAGUCAAAGUCAAACCCGAAAAAUGUUGCUUCCCUUUGA